UUCAAAAUGGCGGCGGAAGAAUCGAGACAGGUAUUACUAAACGACACCGGAUAAACUUAGGAUUUUCGCUUUUUCAACCUUUAAACACUUACUUGGACAAUUAAUUCCUCCUCGUAAUACGAUGUGAACGCUUCGAACCUUCGUUUUGGGUUUUUAUUCAAGACCUUUUGAGCUCCGUGGAGGUGGCUUGGUGGAGCCGGUGACAGUCAAAGACGGUAGGUAAGUCCCAGCUCAUCCGCAUGGAGCGCUCCGAACGGCGGACACCUGCCUCCCACCUGUAGCAUCAGUUGAGAGAGGGCAGCGAGUAGCACAAUGGCGAACACAAGCCACGAGCCAGGAGAACAUCGAGGAGAAACUCGCCACGGUGACUCUGGAGUUGUGAUAGUCCAGAACUGCUCCGCACUAAAGCACUAUCCCGUCGCCUGCUCCAUGAGCCCCACUCACUGCUCUGCCCACCACAUCUUCUGCAGCAACCAGCACAACAAGAGCUACUCUGACCAAGACAGCCACAGCUUGACCUCCCAAGACUCUGGGAUUCCCACUUUGGAAAUCCACCCCCCGGAAAUCCUCAUCCACAACCAUCAAUCCUCCAGUCAUGACUCACCCGCCACUUUGCCUCUUGACAGCAACAGUGAUGGCAUUCACAAAUCCUCAACUUUUCCUCACAGUGGCUUUGAUUCCAUCCGACUUUUCAGUCCCGGAAGUAGACUUUCCGCUAACAACGUCAUGGGGACCCUGAACCGCAGCGACGACAUUUCGGUAUGUAGCAUCUCCAGCAUGAGCACGGAGCUGUCAGUUUCCAAUGAAGACAUACUGGAUUUCACGGUGACGUCUGACUCCAGCGCCAUUGUCACCCUGGAGACGGACGACAGUGGAGUGGCACACUUCUCCGACGUGACUCUCUCAUCCUCCGCAGAGUCUGUAUGGAGCCCAGCAAGGCAGGAGAAAAAGCUGGGCCCUCUGGCAAGUUUGUUCAGCAGGAGCCCGUUUGCCCACAGAGUGAAGGACAUGCGGCCGGUGGAGCAGAAGGAUCCAGGCUGGAAGCUUUUCGGAAAGGUCCCACCACGAGAAGGACCCAUGAAAGACCCUAAGAAAAUCCAAAAGGAAUAUGAAACAAAGAGUAGCAGAGCUGGAGCAAGCAACCCCACUUCUCCUCGUCAGAGUGUGAGGAAGAACCUCAACUUUGAGCCACUUUCCACCACGGCCCUGAUCCUGGAGGACCGUCCAGCUAACUUACCGGCCAAACCAGCGGAAGAGGCCCAAAAACAUCGACAGCAAUAUGAGGAGAUGGUGGCUCAGGCUAAGAAGAGAGAGCUAAAGGAGGCUCAGAAGAGGAGGAAGCAGCUGGAGGACCGGUGUAAAUUGGAGGAGAGCAUUGGUAGUGCGGCUCAGACCUGGAACCAGGAGAUCCUGCCCAACUGGAGCUCCAUGUGUACAUCUCGACGCGUCAGAGAUCUGUGGUGGCAGGGCAUCCCUCCCAGUGUCAGGGGCAAAGUGUGGAGCCUGGCUGUCGGCAACGAACUCAACAUCACCCAUGAGCUUUUUAAUAUCUGCCUGUCUCGGGCCAAAGAGAAAUGGAGCAGCUCCCCUGCCCCUGUGCCAGAGAACGGCACUGAUGAUGCUGGUUCUUCAGACAGGGAGUCCAGUUUGGAGCUGAUUAAGUUGGACAUCUCUAGAACAUUCCCACAGCUGUGCAUAUUUCAGCAGGGUGGACCCUACCAUGACGUGCUGCACAGCAUCCUGGGAGCAUACACAUGUUACCGGCCAGACGUGGGCUAUGUGCAGGGAAUGUCUUUUAUUGCGGCCGUGCUGAUCCUGAACUUGGACACAGCCGAUGCCUUCAUAGCGUUUGCCAACCUGCUCAACAAGCCCUGUCAGAUGGCCUUCUUCAGAGUGGACCACAGCCUUAUGUUGACUUACUUUGCGGCGUUUGAAGUGUUCUUUGAGGAAAACCUACCAAAGCUUUUUGCACAUUUCAAGAAAAACAACUUAACCCCAGAUAUUUAUUUAAUCGAUUGGAUCUUCACGCUGUACAGUAAGUCCCUCCCUCUGGACCUGGCAUGCCGUGUGUGGGAUGUGUUUUGCCGCGAUGGCGAGGAGUUCCUGUUCCGAACUGCCUUGGGGCUGCUGCGGCUCUACCAGGACGUGCUCACCUCCAUGGACUUCAUCCACAUGGCCCAGUUCCUCACGCGCCUGCCCGACCUCAUUCCCUCCGAACAGUUCUUCCAGCACAUCGCCUCUGUGCACAUGAGCAGCCGCAACCGCAAGUGGGCCCAGGUGCUGCAGGCCUUACAGAAGGACCAAGAGAAGGGCAGCCCGGUGUUGAGGCGGUGAAGACCUCACAUUGACAACACUGUCUCACCAUGCACUCUCCCACUUCUCGCAAGAGGAGGCAGUAGCAGAGGUGAUCUAACCCAGGCUGGCAAUGGGAUAAUUGGCGGUUUGGUCCUGACACCCAGCUGUUGUGGUACCCCUCCACUGUGGGGACAGCACUCGAGGCCUUAUUUGAACACCCUACUAUCCAGACAUUAUAGCCCAAGAAUGUACAACCCACUCCAGCACUGGCAGACACAAUGGCAGAUAUUGUGUCAGAAAAUGACACACUUUGAUGACAUGUUUCACUCUAAUCUUUAUGAAAUUCUGUAAACCUAUGGAAUCUCUGCUUGUGCACCUGUUUGUGCCUGCUCCAUCAAGUCAAUUGUAAUCAGGAAAAGGGGCCGGUAGCAGCUUUAAGCGCUCCUCUAUAUUGUUACUGUAUGUUGCACACACAAGUCAAGUGUGCAAUCGUGAGGUUACAGUUCAUGUUUUUAUUUUUGUUGUGUGAGUUUUCUUAUUUAAUAUUUAUCAGAACAAUGAAGUGAUUUAAGAAAUGUAUAUGGAUUCAAUGAGGUACUGAUUGGAAAAGCCUGUUUUGUACUGCACAGUGGUGAUUUAGCUGAAAACAAUAAUAGUGGCUGAGCUGCUUUGUUUCUCCUGGACACUGUUUGGACACCAUACUCAUAUUAUUAGAUUGCAACAUUGAUGCUAAAUUGGAUAAUUCUCCUAAACACAAUUAGGCUGUUCUGAAUUGCACAAAAUCAUUGGGCUGAAGAUGGACCCUUGUGGAACCCCAUGUGUGAUCUUUGGUUAGCUCUAAAGAUCAGUCAUCUUAUAUUGUGCCACUACUGUGGAUGCCAUCUUGGCUAGCAAAUCAUGACCAGUGCAAACAAGGCUAUAUAACAGGGGUGCCCAAACUUU